GGCGGCGCAGUGACGUGUUUUCGGUGUCAUGGCGGCUCAGAGGCGGCGGCAGCUGCAGACUGAGCAGACCAGCUGGACAGAUGACCUCCCUGUGUGCCAACUCUCGGGCAUUGGGCACUGCACCAACCAGGUCUACCAGGCGGACGGGAGCAGCACAGAGGGGCACUCACUGGAGGAUGGCUGGCUCCGGUUCCGGAGCGAGGACGAUUGCUUUCUGUACGGGGUGUUCAACGGGUACGAUGGCUGUCGGGUCUCCAAGUUCAUGACCCAGAGGCUGACGGCAGAGCUGCUGCUGGGGCAGCUGAACCACAGCCACAGUGAUGCUGAUAUCCGCAAGGUCCUGCUGCAGGCCUUUGACGUGGUGGAACGCAGUUUUUUUGAAUCGAUUGACGAUUCUCUUGCAGAAAAGGCCAACCUGCAGUCCCAGCUCCCCGAGGGUGUACCCCAUCACCAGUACCAGAAGCUGCUGGACAAACUGAGUAAAGUGGAGCGUGAGAUCACAGGCGGCACGACAGCCAUUGUGGCCCUGAUACUGAACAACAAGCUCUACAUCGCUAACAUAGGAACUAACCGUGCGUUGCUGUGUAAAUCCACGACUGACGGACAGCUGCAGGUCACUCAGAUCAGCGUCGAUCACACCACAGACAACGAGGACGAACUCUUCCGCUUGUCACAGCUCGGUCUGGACCCGGCAAAGAUCAAGCAAAUAGGGGUCAUCGGUGGUCAAGAAAGUACUCGCAGAAUCGGAGAUUACGGCAUGAAAUACUGCUUCAGCGAUGUUGAGCUGCUCAGCUGUGCCAAGGCCAUGCCUAUCAUUGCCGAGCCUGAGAUUCACGGUGGACAGAAGCUGGAUGGAGUGACGGGUUUUCUGAUGCUAAUGUCUGACGGACUUUACAAGGCACUGGAGUCGGCCCAUGGACAAGGGCAAGCGAACCAGGAGAUUGCAGCGAUGGUGGCCACGGAGUUUGCCCUGCAGACCACCCUGGACGGGGUAGCCCAGGCCGUGGUGGACCGCGUCCGGCGGAUUCACCGCGACACCUUCGUGAGCGGGGGAGACCGCUCGGCCUUCUGCGAGAAGCACGAGGACAUGAGCCUCCUCCUCCGCAACUUCAGCUACCCCCUGGGGGAGAUGAGCCAGGCCAACGCCAGCCCCACACAAGGAGGACGUAUCUACCCGGUGUCCGUGCCUUACACCAGCACCCAGGCCACGCUCGGGAAGACCAGCGUCACCCUUUCCCUCGUGAUGCCAUCGCAGAACCAGCUGGUGAACGGCAACCACAGCAACUCGACGGGCGACGAGACCACACCAACACUCACCAACAGCCAAAGCCCGACGGCAACCCUCCAGUCCACCACCACCCACACCCAAAGCAGCAGCUCGAGCUCUGGCGACGGACACGGACACCUGUUCCACCGGCACCGGCUGCCGCAGACGCUCCAGCCGGACGAGGACGGGCGGGUCGAGCCGUAUGUGGACUUCCUGGAGUUUUACCGGCUGUGGACGGUGGAUCACGGUGAACAGCUGCUGGCGGGAGCCCCUUAGAUACCCCCACCCUGGCCUGGCAAUCUAGGCCUCGCCAGGAAGCCCAACACAGGGUGCUCUGUCUCGCUCGCUCUCUCUCUCGCUCGUCGUGUUUCGCCUGCAAAAUAUACAGUCACUUCACCUUUGCCGCGUAUUCUGUCGAUCGCUCUUGAGACGCCAGGCGAGUGCAAGUUGUUGCUGUCUUUGUCUCGAAGGCGCGAUCAGGCGCUGCACCAAAUGCGAGGAUUAUUAUUAAUAUUAUUAUUUUUAGCGCCUUCACCUGUUCCGUAGGAAGGUGGUGCGGUCGGCGUACUCGCCUCGCGGGUGAGAGGACACGGGUUCGAUUCCCGGGCGAGUCAGGUCAGGGCGAAACCU